AGGCGCGCUCCCCGCCGCGGCACCGGGCCAAGGAAAACACCGGCAACCCGAUCCCUUCCCGCGGCACGGGGGCCGCUGUUCAUUUACCCUGGAGCCGGAGCCGGGGGCCCCGAGCCGGGCGCUCAUUGCCGGCGGUGCCGCCCGCAUGGCGCUGCUGCUGGGGGCCGUGCUGCUGGCGGCGGGCGCCGCCGCGGCCCCGGCCGUGCCCCCGGCCAUGCCCGCGCCCCGGGAGCUGGCGCGCUCCGUGCUGGAGACGCACGGGCAGGAGCUGCGGCUGCUGCGGCUGCUGGGAGUGGCCAGGACGAGCUUCGACUGGGGGACCCACUUCAGCAUCAACUUCACGGCCCGCCAGCCGCCCUGCCCCAAGCCCGCCCCGGACCCCCGCGGCUGCCGGGGCCGCCCGGGCAGGGUGCAGCGCUGCUUGGCCCAGGUGUCCGUGUUCACCUUCCUGCCCGACGUGCCGCUGUCGAUGGUGGAGUGCGGCCGGGAGCCGCAGUCCGGUGACAGCGCCCAGCCCCGCUCCCCUGGCACCAACCCAGGUCACUCAUCCUCAUCCUCCUCCUCAUCAUCAUCAUCAUCCUCGGGGCCCCCCCCGCGGCCUCGCCCCCCCUCCAGCGCGUCCCUGCGGGGGCCGUCCCGCCGCCCCCUGUCCCCAGCGGAGCUGCAAUAAAGAGAUUUCGGGGUCGGAAAUUGUGCGUGUGUGGGGGUGACAGUUUGGGGGGCCCGGGGGGCGCCCUCGGCCUUGGGCAACAGCGAUGGGGCAACU